AAAUCAAUGUAAAAGAAAAGAGAGAGAGUUGGGAUGAGCGGGGGCUGCUCUGGAUUAUUUGGGCCAGGAAGGCCCUGAUGGGCGACCUACCAGCCCUUAAGGAGGAAGAGGAUUCCACGCAGAGGGAAGAGCUGCGGAAACCCCGAGGCCAGAACCACCCAGGGAGGGAUGGGGAGGCCCGUGGAGCCGGAACCUGGAGGCAGGGGGAGCGGGACGGGAAACAACGUCCCGGAAAAGGAGAGGGAGCAGCGCCUGAUGCCGCGAGCGCUGGCGAGCCGCUUUGGACGUGGUGUUCCGAGCGCCAGAGGCAGCCAUGGAGGCGCCCUUCCGCAACGUCUCCUGUGCACCUUGCAAAGCCCAGUGAAAAGGCUCAGCGGUGGCCACGCGAGGCGGUGCAGCCUGGAGUCAGACGGAGGAAAGUGGGGGGCCCUGCACAGAAUUGAGGAGUCCAGCCGAGAGGGCGAUCUGGGUGUGAGCUGCGGGGCAGCUGCGCGAGGCCGGGACCGGGGCGGGCCGACUGGGCAUCGGUACGCGGAGAGGCCUAGGCCCCGGGGUCUGGCACUCGGGAAGCCGGUGCUCCGCAGCCCGUGGUCGGGAGAAAGCUCGGGAAGUCCGAAUAGGGCUGCUGCCCGCCUCGCAGCAGGGGCGGCGGGCGGAGGCGGAGGCGGGGCCCAGGCCACACUGCGCAGACUCGAGCUAGCCGUUUCCAUGGCGACGAGGCCCAAGCUUCUCAACUGCUUCACAACUGUCGAGUCCCAGACUUGGGCCUCACCAGACCCCCGAUCCUGUGGGUAACCGCACCUCAGCGCCAGCUGCCGCCCGGGGUCAGCUGAACCCCACCUUUUCCGGCCCCGACAUGAGCGACCUGGAGCUGCUGCUGCCGGGGGAGGCUGAUAUGUUGGUGCGGGGACUUCGCAGCUUCCCGCUGCUCGAGAUGGGCUCCGGAAGGUGGAACCAGCAGCAUGAACACCUGGAGAAGCUGAACAUGCAGGCCAUCCUCGAUGCCACGGCCAGCCAGGGCGAGCCCAUCCAGGAGCUGCUGGUCACCCAUGGGAAGAUCCCGACGCUGGUGGGGGAGCUGAUUGCCGUGGAGAUGUGGAAGCAGAAGGUGUUCCCUGUGCUGUGCAAACUGGAGGACUUCAAGCCCCAGAACACCUUCCCCAUCUACAUGGUGCUGCACCACGAGGCUUCCAUCAUCAAUCUCCUGGAGACCGUGUUCUUCCACAAGGAGGUGUGUGAGUCAGCAGAGGACACCGUCUUGGACCUGGUGGACUACUGCCACCGCAAACUGACUCUGUUGGUGGCCCAGAGCGGCCGCGGUGAGCCCCCGGAGGAGGAGGCCGAGGACGUCUCUCCCAUGAAGGAGCUGCAGACGCAGGCCGAGCUGAUGGAAUUUGAGAUCGCACUGAAGGCGCUCUCCGUGCUCCGCUACGUCACUGACUGCGUGGACAGCCUGUCCCUGAGCACCCUGAGCCGCAUGCUGAGCACCCACAACCUGCCCUGCCUCCUGGUGGAACUGCUGGAGCACAGUCCCUGGAGCCGGAGGGAGGGAGGCAAGCUGCAGCAAUUUGAGGGGGGCCGUUGGCAGACAGUGGCCCCCUCAGAGCAGCAAAAGAUGAGCAAGUUGGACGGGCAGGUGUGGAUCGCCCUGUACAACCUGCUGCUGAGCCCUGAGGCCCGGGCCCGCUACUGCCUCACAAGCUUCGCCAAAGGACAGCUGCUGAAGCUUCAGGCCUUCCUCACAGACACUCUGAUCGACCAGCUGCCCCACCUGGCGGACCUGCAGGGCUUCCUGGCCCACCUAGCCCUGGCUGAGCCCCAGCCCCCCAAGAAGGACCUGGUGUUCGAGCAGAUCCCGGAAAUCUGGGAGCGGCUGGAGCGAGAGAACAAAGGCAAGUGGAAGGCCAUGGCCAAGCACCAGCUGCAGCACGUGUUCAGCCCCUCGGAGCAGGACCUCCGGCUGCAGGCGCAGAGGUGGGGCUGCAGGGCGGCAGCGUGGGAGGGACGCAGAGGCAUGGAGGGGGUCGGGGUGCUCCUGUGCCCCCCCACCACCAUCAGGCCAGCCAGGCCUCCUGACGCUCCUCCCAGGUGGGCUGAGACCUACAGGCUGGAUGUGCUGGAGGCAGUGGCUCCGGAGCGGCCCCGCUGUGCCUACUGCAGCGCAGAGGCCUCCAAACGCUGCUCGCGCUGCCAAAAUGAGUGGUAUUGUUGCAGGGAGUGCCAAGUCAAGCACUGGGAGAAGCACCGGAAGGCUUGCCUCCCGGUCGCCCAGGGUGGCAGAGUGAAGUGAAGCGCAGCUGCUGAGCGCCCCCCAGGGCCAUGCAUCCAGCCGGAGGUGCGCCUGGGCCUCGGGAUCGCAGCCUGGGCUCUGCCAGCGCCCGGGCCCCGGGGUGAGGAGAGA